GGCUCAGCCUCCAAAGCUGUGCCACUAAAUACGUCCUGCAAUGAAGCGGGCUUUGGACAACCCGACAUUCUUAUGGAGGCAUCGGCGUUACAUCGUGGCAUUCAGGAGGCUAUUGGCCAACAUUCGGCUCAUGAGAGCAAGUAUAAAGAACUAGGCAACAUCUCUCGAACAGAACGCUGCUCACAAAGUUCUCUGUCCUUCAAACCAGUCCCAACAUCAGCCCCAAUUAUUUCGUUCUCCAAACCGCCACCAUGCUCGCCAAAGUAUCCGCAAUCGUGCUCAUAGCCGCUACUUGUAUCGCAACUCCCACUCCCAACAAGGCCGUUCCUUACUCCUGGGCCGUUCACAACUUCAACGGCACCUGCUCCGCAGCGACCUGCUGGGCAUGGGGCUUCAGCAUCUCCAGCCCUAUCGGCCCCUCAGACCAGCCUGCUUUCAAAGCGAUUGAUUGCAGUCUCGACAGCAGGAUCAAUGAGCACCAAGCCUGUAGAGAUGUAGAUAUCAACGUGCCUGGCAGUGUGGCCGUUCAAAUUGACGGCGCUAGUCAGUUUGGGGGCUUGCUGAGUGUGCAGUAUACUUUCCAACAGGGACCUAUCAGGUAUACAUACUAUGGAAAUUAUUCCGUUGUGCGGUGUGGUGAUGGGGUUCAGCCGGAUUAUCUUCAGCCUGCUGAGUUCAGUAUUGUGCCGCACGCGGUGUCUGCUGUGGGACUUUGAGGUUGUGGUGUGGUCACCAUAGUCACGAUAUAGGCAAUGAGAG